GUAACGCUGGUAAGCACCUGCUAAUUUAUUUUUAAGGUGCCUCUAGCCGUCCUGCCACCACCACCCUCACUAGCCACUACUGCUCUGUAAAUAAUCUUUGUCAAGGCUUAAUUCUAGAGAUAGUAGGGUAGAAGAUACUAUGUUGCCUGGAGAAGAAUCUUCACCAUGGAAAUAGAGCACCUUGAACUGGAAACUACAGACAAAUGGAUAACAAUAAGUCAGCCUUGGUUUUGGGAAUCUGGAAAAGCUGAAACAAUCAUAGAUUCCACCAAGUUUAAUGGGGGAAACCCCAAAACAAAAAUCGUGACAUAAGGUAAGGAAUAAUGCAAGGUAAGGAACAAAGCUUGUACUGUUUCAGAAAAAGGGAAGUAGAAAGUUUCAGAUAUGAACAUCACCAACACAGAGGUAAGUGUUUUAUUGUUAAGGAAAGCAGCCAUUUGGUUUAUAUCCCAGAGAAUAAGAGGCAACACCAUCACAAUAUGCUUUAUCAGCAGGAAAUUACUUGGCUUGAAAUACAUGGUUUUCAAUCCGUUUAAGAAAGCAACAAACUCAUAACAAAAAGUCCGAUGAUACACAUCGUUGUACUGUUUCAGGAAGGAGGAAGUGUAUAGGAUUACAGGUGGUCACCACCAACAUGGCGACUGAAAGGUAAUUUUUCCAGUUUACAAGGAACUGCAAUUUAUCUGUUCUGUCAAGAGAAAAAGAGAUAUGUAAGAAUUCUCCUGACAGAAUGACAGCAAAAAACCAGAACCUUAAUUUCCAGCCCCCACCUUUGGUGCAGCCUACAGUGGUUAGCCAUGUAUAUUCAUUUGGGAAUGGUAUCAGUUCUGACAGUGAUGCGUUGGAAGAAGAAACAGAGGUGUAUGAACUGCGACCAAGGGGAAGGGAGAAAAUCCGAAGAAGUACAUCAAGAGAGAGGAUGGAUGAUACUGUAUUUAUAACUAAGGAUAUACAGGAAGGAGACACCUUAAAUGCAAUUUCUCUUCAGUAUUGUUGUUCAGUAGCAGAUAUCAAAAGAGUGAAUAAUCUUAUCACAGAUCAAGACUUCUUUGCCCUGAGAUCUAUUAAAAUUCCAGUGAAGAAGUUUAGCCUGUUGACUGAGUCACAAUGCUUUCCAAAAAGCAGACAGAUUUCAAGAUCUGCAUCUACUGUGUACUCUGAAGAAUAUCCAGAUCCAUCAUUACCUCCUGAAUCAUUCUCCACUGAGACAGUUGGUAACUUCUUGAAAGAAGUGGACCGUGAUAUAGAACAAAUAGUUAAGUGUAAUGCUACAAAAAGAGAAAAUCUGAAUGAAGUUGUUUCUGCCUUGUCAACCCAACAGUUAAGCUUUGAACCAGAUGGCAAAUCCAUCAAACGGAAAGAUCCUUAUUAUGGAGCGGAUUGGGGAAUAGGAUGGUGGACCGCAGUAGUGAUAAUGGUAGUGGUAGGCAUAGUAACACCUGUGUUUUAUCUUUUAUACUAUGAGAUUUUAGUUAAGGUGGAUGUCAGUCACCAUUCUACAGUGGAAUAUUCACAGACUACGACGACAUCUCAACCAAAGCAAUUAGAAAAUGGAAUACAUCCACCAGUUUCAUGAAACCUCAAGCUUUUGCUUUACAUUCUAAAGUCUUGGGCAUCUAUUCAACCUAUUCUACAAAGGGAAAAUAAUGACUGAUCCUGUGUGGAGUUUUCCACACAGAAAAGUAGCUUUCUUUGUGGUAAUGUUUAAUAAGAUGAUAUUCUUAUCUUGCUGAGAGUAUGGUAGAAGUAACCUUCUAACAAGGGUUGUUGCCAAGUUCAAUGUGAGAGCAUUGAUAAAUUUUAAAUAUCAACAGCAGUCAAGCCACCUUUUUGAAAUCAAUAGGUCUGAAACAAGUUUUAAAUGAAAGUACCUUGAGCUGCACAAAGUAGCAUACAUGCAGACUAAUGAUGUGCUAGUUUUCUGCUGUUCAAAGGAUGGGUAUGGUUAUCAGCAAUUCUCCCCUCUGCAGCUGUCCAUGUCCCUGAGGGGUGGGGAAUUCUCAGGAACAUCAUUUUGGGAGACAGUGGGCUGCGGAGGGGAGGGGAAUCACCAAAAUCUUCUGCCUUCACAGGAUGGAAAAUGCUAGCCUGUCAAAAUAGUAUUAAUCUGUGGAUGUUGGUCCGUGUAGACUUUGAAAAAUCUUUCAUCAUAGGUGCUGAAAAAUGAAUCCUUUAGCUGGGAAGUAUUGUCGGUAUGCAAGCUUCCUUUAUUAAAAGCACAAAUUAUUCUUUUCAGUCAUAAGAAGAUCAUGAGUGCAGGGAUUAAAAGAGCUCUGCUUGUCAGAUUUGCUGAACAAGUGUAGUGUUCUUUUGCUGAUCAGUGCUGUAUACAUUGACCAUGAUUUUGGGAUACUGUGAAAGCUGUGACUUUAUAGGGUCACACAUUGGUGACCCUUUAUAGGGUCACCACACAUUGCACACCAACAAGUGUAUCAUUGUUUCAACACUACUUUUUAAAAAGAAGCUACCAUGGAAGGAAAAAUUAUUUAGAGCAGGAAAGGUGGGUUUAACCCUUCUAAAUCUUUUUUCUCCCACUGCCAUUAGUGUUGCGGGAGCAUGUGUUUGUGAGGAUAGCUGUGUGGCACAACUUGUAACAGAGGAUGAGUGAAAGAGGGGGGUGGGGUUCCUCCACUGCUUUUCUUUAAAAUGAUGCUGGGUCUUACUUGUGUGUAACAUGUAGUUCACCCCAUAACUAAUCAAAAUUCAAGUUUGGGGUUUUGAUGUUUCCUUCUACAAAAAAUGCCCUGUUUUGGGGUAGGUGUAACUUAAGAAAUUGAUUAUAAUUAACUUGAAAAUAUUGUGAAAUACAGAUAAUUGGGAACUACUCAAGGCAAUAUCCCAGUUGUGGCCUUUCUCAAUUUGUUUCAUAAGUGAGAGACUAUAAUUGAGUCACUGGUACAGUAUUGGCAUUUAAACAACUCAUCCCUCUACCACUGGUAUGUUACUGAGCUGAAAAGAAGCUGGAUUAAAUUUUUAAUCAUGUAAGUGAUACUUCUAUUAAGAGAAACAGGAAUAAAUCUUGUUUUUAAAAGAU